AUGACCAGUUCCUGUGGAAGAAUAAAAGAACACGCCCAGCUCUCAUUUCAUCCUAGCCACGGAGCAGAGAGGAUUUCUCUGCAGCUCUGAUAUAAUUACAUUUGCUAGAGGUAAAAUGCCAUUUAAACUGGAAAGAUGAAAGCAAGUGGGAUAGUGUGAGAGAAAACAAACUGAGUGUAGGAUUAAGGGACCCUUUCACUUCUGUUCCCCCCCCCCUUAUUUCCUCUGAGAACUUAUGUUCACUAUUUCUUAUAUUUAUCUCUUGCCCUCGUUGUGCAUCAUUUUGUGUUAGUGCUGUGGCCUGUCUUUGUUGAUACUAGGAACUGCAGUGAGAUUAGAAAAAUGAGGCAGACUCCUCUAUGCAAAGUGGUACGUCCCAGGAUUUGACCUCGCAUGUCUAAACAGCUGAUUCUUGGGCAUUGAGAACCACAGCCAACAGCUGCCUUCUUGCAACCAAUUGGGAUUCACCUCACCUGACAUGAGCUGGUGUUACAUCAUGGGACACAUCUGCUGAGCAGGACCUGAACUGCCAGCAUCAGCUUUAAAAAAGGGACACUAACGGAAUUUAACUCUUGUGGAAUUUUUCAUUUUUGAAAGGUACAUUAUGGGAUGGGAUGGGAUGAAAUGUGGAUUUCUGCAGUGAUCUGAAGCACUUUUUUGCACCUUCACUGACUGGAAAGUAUUAUUGAUACCUGUUGUUUCAAGGCUCCUUUAACAAAGUCUUAGGGAACAAAUUGGUGGAAGCCAUGUUCACCAAGCUGAAAAAAAAAAUUGCAGAGGAGGCAGCCGUAGCUUCACGGCCUAGCGGGGCUGCACGAAUCCCCCGUACAAUCAGCAAGGAGUCCAUCACUUCGGCGGGGGCAGAUUCAGGAGAUGAUUUUGCCUCAGAUGGUAGCAGCUCCAGGGAAGACCACUCCUCUCAAAUCUCCAGGAAAAAUGAACAGAUCCGCCGCCUAGAAGCAAAGCUAAUUGCCUCCAUGCAUAAAUUCCAAGAACAAAAUGAGGUGUACCAAGCCAACUGUGCUAAGAUGGCUGAAGAAUUUGCUCUGGCUCUCGAAAAAAAAGAUCAGGAAUGGAUGCAGAAACUUGCUGAUCUUGAAGAGGAAAAGAAGAGACUGUCAGAUCAGUUGAUCUCUAUGACAAAGCAGAAUAUAUCCUUCUUUAAAAAGCAGGAAGACCUUGAUGAGCUUGAAGGAUUUCAGCAGCAGGAGCUUGCAAAAAUAAAACACAUGCUUUUGCAAAAAGAAGAAAUGCAGCGGAAAAUGGAAGAAGACCUGACACAACAAAGGGCAGAAGCAGAAGCUACUCUGGUUGAACAGCGGGAUUUCAAUGGCUUGUCUACCAAGCUCAACACAGAUUUACAGAGGUUGCAGGGAGAAAAUACCGAGCUUGCUCAGAAGAGGUCUGAGCUUGUCGCAUCACAAGAAGGAGCAGAGAUGAAGAUAACGGAGCUUGAGAACAGGCAAACAGAACUACAGGACUUUAUCCAGAGGCUUUCUUUGGAUUUGCAGAAGGCUCAGUCUGCAAAUUCUAGUUGUGAAAAGAGACUAAACUCUGUCCAAACUGAAUAUGAUGAUCUCUCACUGCAGCACAGUCAGCUCAAAGCUAAGAUGACAACAGAGGCUGAAGAAAAAAGGGUCUUGAUAGUGCACUUGCAGGAAAAAAUCAGCUCUUUGGAGAAGACACUGGAUGGAACCUACUCUGGAGAGGAAGGGCUUCAAGCACUACUUAAGGAAAAGAAUGACCUGGAGGCACGGUUAAAUGAAACCAGGCAAGAGUUGCUGGAGGGCAAGGCUUUGCACAAAGCUACAGUCUGUCAGUUGGAAGACCAGGCAGCAAAACUUAGUAGAAUAGAAGAAAUCGAAAAUGUAUUACAUCAGAAAGACGAAGAAUUAGCCCUCUUCAAACAGAAAAGUGCAUCCGAGCUGAAAGAUAUAGAACAAACACUAGAAACUACACAUGAGAGACUGCAGAAACGAGAGGAAAAGUUUAAUAAAAGAGAAGAACAAAUAAAAUCACUGCGAUCUGAUCUAGAGUCAGAGUGUGACAGGCUGACACAGCAGCUGAACAGUGCGAAACAGCAGCAUGCUGAAAAGGUGGAGCGACUGGAGGCCCAGGUGUCUGCUCUUGAAGGGGCACUGGAGUUUGAUAAGUCAGCAGCUCAGCACCAGAUAAGACAAUUGGAGCAAGAUAAUUUGUUGCUAAAAGAGAGAAAUGAGGAGCUGGAAAGGGCUUUAAGGCAUCAGGAAGCUAAGCAAGAGAAAAUUAAGGAAGAACUGAACAGCAGGGAAACUGUGAGUGUGGAGAUUGCCAAAGCCCUGGAGGAAACUCGAAAGCAGAAGCAAGAACUUCAGCAGCAGGUGGCCAAUUUCUCCACUUUAAUCAGUGAGAGUGAGAAAAAGCUGGCACAGAGAACAGAGGCGCUAAAUGGAAAGGAAGAGGAAGCAGCUUCUCUAAAGAGAGAUUAUGAAGCCAUCUUGUUGCAAGUAGAGCAGCAUCAAUCUCAGAUAGAGAUGUACAAGACGCAAUUCGAAAUGAGUGAAGAAUCUGCAGAGAAGCAAGUCAAAACCAUGAAGAUGCAACUGCAAGAGCAUAGACAGGCUCUACUGACAAGUGAAUCACAGGUCUCCUCAUUACAAGAUGAAGUCUCAUCCUUGCAUCAACGCCUUCAUGGGUUACCUGUGCAAGAGCCCAACGGAGAUGUAACCACAGGGGACAUUGAACAGCUCCAGAAAGAGAACCAUGAAAUGGAGAAGCAGAUAGCAGAGAAAAAUAAGACUAUAAAGCAACUCCAGCAGAGGAUGGCAGAACUGAAGAAGACAUUACAAAAGGAACUGAAAAUCAAACCAGAGCCCGAGAUAAAUGAGGUCCCUGAGAAACAAAACCCAGAGCCAGCACCCCCUUCACUUACUGUAACCAACAAUGCCGUUUUGAACGACUCCCGAGAGAUCAACUUUGAGUACUUAAAACAUGUUGUGCUGAAGUUCAUGUCAGCCCAGGAAGCAGAGGCGUUUCAUCUUAUCAAAGCUCUAUCAGUGUUACUCAACUUCUCUGUGGAGGAAGAAAAUCUGCUCAAAGAGACUCUGGAAUACAAGAUGUCCUGGUUUGGAUCCAAGCCCUCUCCAAAAGGUGCCAUUCGCCAAUCUAUAUCUAAACCAAGAACCCCCUGGUCCUGAGCAGAAGGAAAUCGAAUCCUUGUGGUGUGCAGCUGCACUUUCUAUGAAACAUUAACCACUGACAGUUCCUGGUGCACUCGAUUCACUGUCCUGGCAGUGUUUUCUUACGGGAAUUUACAGCCUCCAAGUAUCUCGGGCGUAACUUUGUAUUAAGUAGUAUGCAUAGCAUAUUAAAGGCUGUGUACAUAUAUAAAUAGAGAAGUGUAAGUAUUAUUUUAAGCAGGUGAGGGAUUAUACCAUGUUUUUGAGGUAUAUAACACAGUCAGGAAAAAAUAUU